GCUAUAUUUCGUCCCAGGGGAGGAUUCGGAUGCUGCGGGCAAACCGGCGUGUCGUGGCGGGUUUUUACGCUUUGGGGAAAAUCUGAUGAAUGGGAAAUCGUUACUCUUUAAAUGGUUUUAAAGAGGGAUAGCAGUCGAGUCGACGGGAGGGGGCGGGGGGCUUGUCUCGGUUGCAUUUUCCCGCCUGGAGGAGAAAGUGCAGUCUCUCUAGGUGUCCAUACUGCAAAGAUAUUGAAGGCGAAAAAUGUCCGGGCACCGCCGUUGGCUGUGGAACUGAAGAAAAUCAGCUUGCUGCACCAAGAUUGGUGGGGCUCUCUUGAAUUCUGAUUGGAAGCCAAUAUGCUGGCCGCGAGGAAUUCAGUGUGGGGUGACCCACAGCAGCUACAGGGACACUGAUGUUCAUGGAACAUGUUGGAUUACCCACCUGGGAAAUAGCAGUGGAUAAAUGCCUGCAUACUCAAAUAUGGGAAGUGCCAGAUGAUUCCUGCUAACAUGCCUCACCUUGGUUAUGAAAAGAAUAGUAUUACCAGUCAACAAGUUAGGGUCAAUUUGAUCUCUGAAACAUGUGUAGUCAGUGAACUUCGAGGACUUUUGUGUAUCCAUUUAUUUUGGUUCUGUCAACCUUAAGGCAGUACUUAAAAUAGCUCACAGAGUAAAUUUCUUUUCCUGCACUUCCAAUUACAGCUUUGAAGCCUCUAAUUAAUACCCUCAGCUUUAGUAAAUUAAUUUAGUCCAAUCAAAAACAGAAAUUUAGUGUAGCAUUAAAGGAAAUAGCUAAUGCAGCUAAAAACCUCCCUCAGCUAAUGCACUUAAGCUGUAGGAUGAAAUAAACGCAAUUAUGUCCACUCAAAAUCUUGCUGUUGCCUUCAUUUCUAUCAGUGGAGUUAAAAUAUUUUUACUAUUUGAAUAUUUCUCAAGUAAAUUAUAAGUAAGCUUUCACCACAGUGCACUGCACUCAGUAAGUGCUCAGUAAAUACCAUUGAUUGGUGUAAGAAUGGUUGACAUCAAAGAAUUCUAGUUUGCUUAUGAUUGGUGGACUUUCUCUAGACUUGCUAUUUGCCAUGUCAGAAGAUUCCAUGUUGGAAGAGGCAAUUUGGGAAUAUAAAUCAAAAAGGAAACUAAAAAGUUAUUCUGAAAAUUAUUCAGAUGAUACUUCUAAAUCUGUUCCAAAGGCAACAGGUGGGAAAUACAAAACAAGACAAAAUCGAAAGAAAAAUAAAAAAGGGACCAUUGAAAAUAAUGAAGGCUCUAAGGGCAAGGAGCAGGAACAGGGAGAAUGUGGGUCUCAGACAAGCGUAGUCUCGGAUGGAGAUUUAAAUUACCAGGACGAUAUUCAGCUGUCCCAGGAUAAGGCAAGCACGCCAGAAAAGCAAAGCAGAAGUCAUAACAAAAAACAAAUCACGCCAAAGAAACGGCCCAUUUACGAUGGCUACUGCCCGAACUGUCAGAUGCCCUUUUCUUUAUUGCUAAUUCAGACGCCUCGGUGGCAUAUUUCUGAAUGCUUGGAUGUUCCAGUAUCUUAUGAGAAAGAGUGUCCUGAUGGUCUGCUGUGUACUUCUACAAUUCCGUCUCACUACAAGCGAUAUUCACACUUCCUGCUUGCUCAGAGGAGAGCAGAGGAUGGUCAUUCGGGCUCUCCGGCAAACAGCCCGGAGCUAUCAAAUCACCUCUGUAACCUUGAGAAAGAAGGGUCAUCAAGACAGAAACAAAUUGAGGAGGAAAGAAAAGUUCCAAACGAUCCUUCAUUGAUAACAUCGGGUCCAAGAAAAGCACACUUUCCACCCGAAAGCAAUAAAAAGACUUCCUUUUCCACAAACACUCCAGCAUCUCAAAAGACUCUGCAAUUCCCUGAACCAAUUGGUAAUGACAGUUUUGAGUGUUCUGGUUUACCUCGGGCUAGUGGAAACUCAGACAAUCAGAACAACCCCAAACCGUUCAAUCUGCGGCUGCCAGAAACUGACGUUAGUGACUAUGAAAUCUCAUAUUCCCCACUUAAAAGUGAUGAAGACACUUAUGAUACAGAUGGAGAUCUGGAAAAUUCACAAAGCAAACUGUCCUUAACUGGCAACUCAGAAUACAGCAACACAAAUUAUAAUGAUGAGAAUGAGCACAGUGUAGGAUUUAUAGAACCCUAUACUCAAAGUGCUUUGUCUCUAUCUACUUCCCAAAGUAGUGAGAGUACCAAGUUUAGUGAUUUAUCAUGUGCUACUAAUUUUUUAAAAUUCCCUUCAGGUGCAUCACCUAGGGAGCUGAAUCUUUCUAGUAAUUAUACUAAAGCACCUGAAGAAGACCAUGAUGGGCCUAAAUUGUUUGUCUCUCAGUCAAAAAUGGGUGAUGAGCCCACUAAAGAUUCAGCUGUGGGCAAUUGUCCUUCUCCAAACAUAGCUCGCAGAGCCAGGUCAAAAUCCUUGAAGUACAGGAAAGAAAGCUCUCUCCCUCUUAAGUCAACUGAAAGGGAAGUUUUGGAGCUGUCAAGUAGUCACCUAAGUGACAAAAGCAAUAGUGUAAAUGAGAUUAAGGGAACAAUGGACAUUAGCCAGCCAUCUCAGUCAGCUAUAGAAUGCUUUUCUAGUUCACAAAAGUGUGAUGUGAAAUCCCCUCCCUCCAAAACGCUGAAGCAAAUGGACAUAGGUGUAUUUUUUGGGUUACCACCCAAAGUAAAAGAAGAGAAAGUACGAAAAGGUACUUCAAAAGGUAUGAAGAACGUAAGUCCAAUCAUAAGUCCUAAAGAACAGCAUUCCAGGAAGAGGAAGAGGAAAGCAGAUUCUCUGAGUGACACAGAACCUUUGACUGUCAAAACUGAAGAGAGAUCACAAAGGCAGAGGAAGAGACUUAGAGAAUCAGAUGCUUUGGAGGAAGAAGUUCAAAAGACAAAAGCCAUUAUGUCUGUGAAAGAUUUAAAAUCUUUCAGUGGCAAUUUAACUAAAGUGUCUACAGAACCAGCCAGAGCUGGGUCACGAAGGUGGAGAAAGAGAUUCAAAGAGUCAACCUAUACAGAGGAAGGCCCCCCAAAAAAGAUAUGUCCCUUUUACAAGAAAAUACCAGGAACUGGCUUUACAGUGGAUGCCUUUCAGUAUGGAGCAAUAGAUGAUUGCACAGCGUAUUUCCUCACACAUUUUCAUUCUGAUCAUUAUGGUGGCCUGUCAAAAAAAUUCACAUAUCCAAUCUAUUGCAAUAAGAUAACUGGAAAUUUGGUAAAGAGCAAACUUAAAGUGCAAGAACAGUACAUCCAUAUAUUGCCAAUGGAUACAGUGUGCAUAGUGAAUGGGAUCAAAGUUGUGUUGCUUGAUGCCAAUCAUUGCCCAGGUGCUGUCAUGUUGCUUUUUUAUCUUCCUAACGGGAAUGUUAUACUACAUACUGGAGAUUUCAGAGCAGACCCUUCCAUGAAGCGCUAUCCUAAACUGAUUGGUCAGAAAAUUCACAUGCUGUACCUGGAUACAACAUACUGCAGCCCUGAAUACAGUUUUCCAUCUCAGCAGGAGGUUAUCCAAUUUGCUGCCAACACUGCAUUUGAAUCUAUAAAUUUAAAUCCACAUACUCUUGUUAUCUGUGGCACUUAUUCUAUUGGAAAAGAAAAAGUCUUCAUAGCAAUUGCUGAAGUUUUGGGUUCUAAAGUAAGUAUGUCACAAGAAAAAUACAAGACCUUGCGGUGCUUAGAACUGGAAGAAGUUAAUUCCCUCAUCACUACAGACUGGAGCAGCACAAAAGUUCAUCUUCUCCCUAUGAUGCAGAUUACUUUUAAGGGAUUACAAAGCCACUUGAGCAAAUUUGGUGGGAAAUAUAAUCAAGUUUUAGCAUUCAAACCUACCGGGUGGACAUAUUCAGAGAAAUCUAGUUCUAUAUCCGAUAUUAAGCCUGAAACGAGAGGAAACAUCACAAUAUAUGGAAUUCCUUAUAGUGAACACAGCAGUUACCUAGAAAUGAAACACUUUGUCCAGUGGCUAAAACCACAGAAAAUUAUACCUACAGUAAAUAUUGGUUGCUGGAAAACCAGGAAUGCCAUGGAGAAACAUUUUAUUGACUGGAAGUUAGAGGCUAAACAUUGAUAGAAUGAAGAUGAUGUUCUUAAAAAUCAUAGAGGUAGUUGAGCAGUCCCUGAGGGUCUCUUCCCCCACAUCACCCCUUCAGUGCCUUUCUUUUCUAUAGCAUUUGUCUGGACACUUUUAUAUGACAAAUCAAUAAUUUAUGAUAAAUCUUUCCCAUAUUGUACUUUUCUUUGGUGACUACAGAAUUCUUGGUGUCCUUAGUACCCAUUACCAACCUAGUGUUUCAUCUUCGGAGAACAAAAAGGAUGCGCCUUUAGUCUCUUGCAUCAUUCCGGCUGGGCUUCACCAUGCUCAGGGUCCUCUCAGAGUUAAUUGCUUGUCAUUCUACCUCUCUUUAAAACUUUUUUUUUUUAAGGAUCUGUCCCUCAUCUGAAUUUUGGUUUCCAGCCUAGAGAGAUGUAGUAUAAGGAAUUCCAGUAUUCCUAUUUGCCAGAAAGCCCCACAUCAUCAGCCAGAUGGCAGAGUGGACCCAUUGAGUCUGCGGGACUGUACUCACCUAUGCAACAUGUCACUUGUAUAUUUUUUUUAAAACAAAUUCUGCUGUUAUGCCAGGCCUUUAAAAAUAGUAUAAUAAAUGAAAAGAGUUGUAAGAGUA